AUGGCGGAUUCAUCCUCUUCUCCCGCAACCCUAGAACCCAAUCCUCACCACAAUUCCCAACCUCCAUCUCCCAACCCCGUUCCCAACCAACCCGAUCUACCUCCCCAAUCAUCACAAUCGCAAUCUACAACAUCCUCUUCCACGCCUCUCCCCACAAACCCUAAUUCCAAUCCAUCCUUACCAAUUGCACCGUCACUUCCUCCGCCUCCUGCUUUAUCAUAUGCAACCGGAGCCCCGCCACAAAUUCCCGGAGUUCUGCCUCCGUCGGCACCGUCCUUCCGUCCGCUUGGUGCUCAAGUGCCCCAGUUCACUCCGUUGCCCAAUCCCGCCGGUGUCUACCAAAACCCUAAUCCACCUCCCGGCGUGUCCGGCUCGUCCAUGCCGGUUCCGAUGCCGCAGAUGCAACCGAUGAUGUCGUAUCAGGUUCCUGGGACUAACCCUGCUAUGCGACACUAUGCUCCUAUCCCAAAUGGUUACGCCAUGCACCCACAAGGACCUCUAAACCCUGCAGGAAUUCCUCGUUAUCCACCUCCUUAUGGAACUAUGGUUCGUCCUGUAUAUCCUCCACGCCUUCCUGGAACAAUCAACGUGCUUCCAGUUUCACGCCCACCUGUUGCAGGGAUCCCUUCAAUUCGCCCUAUUAUUCCUCCUAUUGUCAGACCUGUGGUUCUUCCUAGUGUUACUCCGGCUGAGAAGCAACAUACCACCGUUUACAUUGGCAAGAUUGCACCAACCGUGGAAAAUGAGUUCAUGCUUUCUCUGCUUAAAUUAUGUGGGAAUAUCAAGAGCUGGAAAAGACCUCAGGAUUUAUCAAGUGGGACUCCUAAAAGUUUUGGGUUUUAUGAGUUUGAUACUGCCGAAGGGGUUCUCCGUGCUUUACGCCUCCUUACCAAAUUGAACAUUGAUGGGCAAGAACUAAUGAUCAAUGUAGAUGAAGCUAUGCGAAACUAUCUGGAGCGGUAUGUACAAAAAAAAACUGAGAGUUCAAAGGAAAAGGAAACUCAGGCAGCAGAAGCUAAAAAAGAUGAUGAAGUUGCAAAACCUUCUGAUGUAAAUGAGGAUGCAAAGCCUGAUCCGGAGCUCUCAAAUAAGGAAGAGGGUAAUGAUUCAGUGAACAAGAAAUCCCAUGAUGUGGCAACUUUUGGGAUUGUUACGGAUGAAGAUAGGGAAGCUGAUCGAGACACUUUAGAAAAGAUCAAGACAAUGAUAGAGGAGAGGUUGAAGACAAGACCUUUGCCUCCACCACCUCCGCCGCCAAUUCGUGAUGGUUCUGUGGAUUCAUUUUCAGAACAGCCUACUAAAACAAGAGAAGGCGACUCUGAUGUGGACACAAAGAAGAGUGAAGCAGCUGAAGAUAAAAAUGAGAGAGAUGCAAACGGUGAUAAUAAGCCCGCAAGUGAACAUGAUAGACCCGAAACCCCCGACAGAAGGCAUGACAGGAAAAGCAGGGAGAGAGACCGAGAAAGGGAGCUGAAACGAGAAAAGGAAAGAGAACUUGAGAGAUAUGAAAGAGAAGCUGAGCGGGAACGUAUUCGAAAAGAGAGGGAACAAAAACGGAGGAUUGAGGAGGUUGAGCGUCAGUUUGAAGUAUAUUUGAAGGAUUGGGAGUAUAGGGAAAGAGAGAAAGAGAAAGAACGUCAGUAUGAAAAGGAAAAGGAGAAGGACAGGGAACGCAAACGAAGAAAGGAAAUACUUUAUGACGAAGAGGAUGAUGAUGGGGAUUCUAGGAAGAGGUGGCGCAGAAAUGCGAUAGAGGAAAAGAGAAAGAAGAGGCUGCGAGAAAAGGAAGAUGACCUGGCCGACAGACAAAAAGAAGAGGAGGAAAUUGCUGAGGCCAAGAAGAGGAAUGAUGAGGAUCAACAACUGAAGCGACAGAGAGAUGCAUUGAAGCUGUUGACAGAGCAAAUUGUAAACGGUGGUGAUGAAACUACGACUACCAGAGAAAUUACUAGUGAAAUAAAGAAUAUUAUUACUGUACAAGAUACUGUAGCUGAUUAUAGGCAUGAAGAUCAUACUGGUGAUGGUAAUGUACUAAAUACUAUCAAUGAUGAAUCUACCAUGGCAUCAGUAGCCACAACCGAUACACAGUCUAGUGGGGGGAAUGCUCCUAUGAAGAAGUUGGGAUUUGGUCUGGUUGGAUCUGGAAAAAGAACAACCGUCCCUUCUGUUUUUCAUGAAGAUGAAGAUGAUGAUGCGCACAAGGAUAAAAAAUUGAGGCCUUUGGUUCCAAUUGAUUACUCAACAGAGGAAUUGCAGGCUGUUGAACCUACUGCUUCUGGGCCAACACCACCCAAUUUGGCUGCAGCUGCAGAAUUUGCCAAGCGUAUAUCUAGUACCAAUUUCAAAGAAGAGAGGCUGGAUGGAGAAAGGGAUAGAAGUAGGCAUUCACAUGAAAAGUCUAACCACCGGGACAGGGAUAGGAGUGAUGAAGAUGGCACUCACCACAGAGAUGAACACAGGGAGAAAAAUUCUGACCGUGACAGGGAUCGAGAUCAUGGGUUGGAGAAAAACAAGACUUACGAUCACAGGAGGCUCUUGGACGCAAAACAGUUAAUUGAUAUGAUACCAAAGACCAAGGAGGAGUUGUUUUCAUAUGAAAUAGACUGGGCGGUGUAUGACAAGCAUCAAUUACAUGACAGAAUGAGACCUUGGAUUUCAAAGAAAAUCAAAGAGUUUUUGGGAGAAGAAGAAAAUACUCUGACAGACUAUAUUGUUUCAAGUACACAAGAACAUGUGAAAGCAUCUCAAAUGCUAGAGAGUCUUCAGGUCAUUUUAGAUGAAGAAGCUGAAAUGUUUGUUCUCAAAAUGUGGAGGAUGCUUAUAUUUGAAAUAAAGAAGGUGGAGACAGGGCUUGCUUUGAGGUCUAAAUCAUGA